ACAAGUUUGUCUUUAUUGUGCUAGGAAAGGAGACUUCUAGGAUGGCUCUCUGAAGAAAGAGGCGAAAAGUACGAAGUGACUAGAUGACAACCAAGGCGGAAGACUAGGGAACGGGAGAUAAUGCAGCUUCAUGAACAGGAAUGCCGGCUAAAAUAGUAGGCUUGGAGAUCAUGGACAAAGAUCGACUAAUUGAAGAAGUCUUGGAUAAGUUUGUUAAUUGUCAUGAGCAAACAUAUGAAGAAUUUCUGAGCACAUUUACUUAUCUCUCAAAAGAACAUAAUGUGACCAAAAGAGGAGCAUCUGGAGCUGAUUCUUCAGGACACAUAUUUACGUCAAAAACAUCUACUCAUGAAGAUGAAGCAAAUUAUCACUUUAGAAGUAAAACUCUUUUUCUUCAUAAUGCAUCAGAAGAGGAACAGAUAGUUUUGGGUGAAGGGCAAAAAGUUGGCACUUUCCUACAAGGUGAUGUGAUGAGGGGCAGAAAGGUAAAGGUAGACAGUUUCCUAGAUUUAGAAGAUUUGGACUUGGAUGAAGCGAGUAAGCCCCAAAUGAACAAUGAUUUGCUGCUGCUUCCAGGCGAAGUGGAGCAAUACAGAAACACCGACGCUCCUUCCUACAUUCCUUCCAUGCCCCAGCCCCUGGCACCUGCAGUAAAGCCAAGGUCCACUGUACAAAGAGUCGACAAACAAACAGAAGAGAUACCUGGAGAUGAAAUUCAGCCCUUCACAUUUGAUGAAGAAUUUGAUUAUGACUCUGUGAUGCUCACCCCCAAGUUCACUCCUGCAGAGAUAGAUGCCAUCAAAGAGCUACCCAAGCAAAAGAGAAAGACAAACACAGGCUUAGAGGAACCCUGUGACUGAUUCACCAAGACAUCUUUGUGUUUAUUUUUAUUUUGGUCUUACUCAAGCAACACUAGAAUAAAAGAUAUGGCUGUUGCAGUCCCCUUUG